UCCAUCCCACCGUUAGGAGCUUCCCCAGGUUCUGAGGUGGAUAUGAAGAAGACUUGUCUAUUUGAUGGAAAUCGAUCUGACCAGCAGAGGUGAGCUCGCUCUCUCGGGAGGCGGGAGAGCAGGGCCUCGGUGCCUUGUCAGUUGGGAGUCAAACCAGCAGAGUCCCAUCCCUGGUGCAGAGUUAGCUAAAUUGCUUCUUACCAGGAUGUAGAAUGCGAGCAAUAAUGUCUCUCUUCGUCUCUUCCUUCUCCAUCUUUUUGCUUCGUUCGCCUUUCCGCCAGUCCGUCCGCCAUGCGACUGGCAUGGAUGUUGGUUGGCGGCUUCGCUUUAGCCCCUUGUCGCUUCGUGUUUUCGGGGAUGACGUCAGAGCGCAGCUCGAGGUUGAGGCUCAGCCUCGUCUCUCUCCCUCACUUUUUCUCCUGGCCAGAGCUAGCAGUUGAAAGGCUUCAAGCCGGCAGAUGGAGCGCAGUGGUCAAUGAACGGCUUACCGUGAGAUACGUGCAAAUGGCGGAUGCUGGCCACCCAUACCCCUCCAAGUCUGAGAUGUCUUCCUCUUCGCCACCUGCCUACGAAGAUGUAGCAAGUGAGGGCCCUCAAGCUUCAGCCCCAAGGCCACAGCAGAGAUCCAGCGGUGCAGUGACACUGACUAUACAUGGCAAAGAAAUAUGUUCUUCUGCCAGUCAGGGUGGCCAACCAGUCUACAGCUUAACUCAUGCUCUAGAUGGCCACGAGUUGAAUCAGUAUGGAGUUUUGUUGACACGUAUUGAAGAUCGGACAGUCUCAUCUACUUCUUCUCGGGGCACACCAAGUACCAAGAUUGUUAAGCGUGAUGUUUUUGCUCUUCGUGAUGCGCCAGUUCUUCACAUAGGGCAUGCUCGUUACGAGAUUGAUGGUAGACGGUACUUGUCAGAUAAAAGGGGCCGCAUGAGCAGGUCAUCUUUUGGCGUCGGAUCAGGAUGGACCGCCUGGGGUAAAGGACUGCCGUCAUUCUACCUCCAGAGAUCAGAGAGUGGUAAUGCUGCUCAAGUUGGUGAGACUACCGACUCAUCCUUUUAUGAAUGGCGUGAAAAGGAGAAUGGCCCCUUGAUAGCCAUGGAGACACGGAGGCGUUGGGAUAUGGAGAAUAAAGUGGAGAUAUCAGCCCCUCGACUAGAAUUGAUGAAAAGUUGGGAUGAUUUUGAUAGGGAGUAUUUGGAUUUUAUGAUUGCCGCAUGGUGCAUGCACAACUGGAGAGAGGCAAAAGAUAUUGUCAAGGAACCCAUCACAUGGGAUGAGUUCAAAGAGCAAGCCCGAGUCACUGCUUCAAAGCGAAAACAGGUUUUAACUGGUGGAGGUCGCUCGACCUCCUUUGGACUUGCUGGAUUUGCAACGUAAUAUGUGGCGUCCCAACUGUUGUUCCACAUUUGACUUUAUUCUAAGUCUGUAGUUCAAUGCCUCGACUUUACUAGAUACCCAUGCAUCCCUGUCAUGUUGCUCUGGUUUGAAACUAGAGCUUCCAGGGCGGAAAGUUUUACUUUUUGUACAUAUUUAUCGCACAACUAUUCUGAUUCGCCUUCUUUUCUUCUUUUCAUUGAUCAAUACAGUGAUUUGGUUUAAUAGUUGUUAACCGUACUAUUAAGUAGAAGUUUUCAUAGAACCUCACCUAAGUGAAGAGGAUAUUCCAGAGUAUGCGUCGUACUAGUAGUAGAGAAGCCCAAAAAGAAAAUUGUGAAAAUAUGAGCCAAGAAGGUGAGUUCACACUAGUGAUCAAAAGCACAAAGCUAGACCUUUGAUAGCUUCUUCCUCGGGAGUCAAAAAUCUCCUGCGGAGAGAAAUCGAUUCUCACAAUUGUAGAUGCUCGGGUUGUGAUAUCACGUUGCUCGCUUAUUGAAGUUGGAAACGAAAGAACCGGUUUAUUCUUUUCAAGCCCUCCAGUAUUUAGCUUAACUAGUUGAGGAGAGUAAAGGGCCAGAGGUUCUCAAAAGCUGUCAAUAAUAAGGCUGAGCGAGUUGAGGCAACGUCCACCUUAGGCACCCCCUAAAUUAGGAGGUCUGAUAAGGGAGGUACCUCGAGAUUAGAUUAGAUUAGAUCGUGAUUGGAGAGCCUCGGCAGCCCGGGUAGCCCCACCUCAGG